ACUGUCCACACUGAGGUUGGUUGAAAAAUCAAUGUUUGGUUGCCCACUUGCAGGGAAGCUUCCUCUGUGAAUCUCAUCAAUGCAUCUUUCUUUUCCUCUCUUACCCUUUUAUCAUUUGACACUUUCCCUUCUUUCUCGCUCCAUCUUUUCUGAUCCUCUCCUCCCUCUUCAUCAGUGACCUGAACAAAUUCAAUCUUUUUGUGGAGUGAUCAAUCUAGUUAUUGGGGUAUUUUCUAAUUACAGAUUACAUAUAUCCUUGUUCUUUGAUCUCUUAAGAGCGUUGUUCAAUGGCUGCUAUGAGAGCCCAAGAAGCCUCCUCAAGUCGAUGUUCUUAUCAUGCGUUCUUGAGUUUCAGAGGUGAAGACACCCGAAAUACCUUUACUGAUCACCUUUAUACAGCUCUACGACAUGCAGGAAUACGGACAUUUAGGGACGAUGAUGGACUGGAGAGAGGACAAAAUAUCACCCUAGAACUAAAUAAGGCAAUCCAAGAGUCGAGGAUUUCAAUAAUUGUCUUCUCAAAAGACUAUGCAUCUUCAAGAUGGUGUCUUGAUGAGCUUUUGAAUAUACUUGAGCAGAAGAAAACUGUUCGUCAUAUGAUUCUGCCCGUCUUCUAUCAUGUGGAUCCAUCCCAUGUAAGAAAGCAAACAGGGAGUUUUGCAGAUGCAUUUGCUACACAUGAAGAGCGAUUUAAAACAGAGACAGAAGAAAGAAAAGAGGCGGGGUUGGACAAGAUAAAGAGGUGGAAGGAAGCUUUGAAAGAAGUUGCAGAUUUGGCAGGGAUGGUUUUAAGAGAUGGGCAUGAGUCACGUUUUAUUCAAAAAAUUGUUGAAGAGAUUGGGAAUAAGUUGAAUCGCACGGUCUUGAGUGUUGGCCCAUACCCAAUUGGAAUAGAUUCUCGUGUAAAAGACAUUAAUUCGUGGAUACAAGAUGGAUCUACGGAUGUUGGCAUAGUAACAAUCUGUGGAAUGGGGGGAAUUGGGAAGACCACCAUCGCCAAAACUGUGUAUAACCUAAACUUCGACAGAUUUGAAGGUAGCAGCUUUGUUGCAAAUAUUAAAGAAAUAUCAGAACAACCAAAUGGUUUGGUUAGUUUACAAAAACGACUUCUUUCAGAUAUUCUAAAGGGGAGAAAAGAAAAAAUUAGUUGUGUUGAUGAAGGAAUCAUCAAGAUUAGAGAUGCUCUUUGCUGUAAAAGAGUUUUAAUUGUUCUUGAUGAUGUGGAUCAAUCAGACCAAUUAAAUGCAGUACUUAUUAUGCAAGAUUGGUUUUAUCCAGGAAGUAAAAUUAUCAUAACAACUAGACAUGAGCAAUUGCUGAAGGCACAUGAACGGUUUAAGAUGCACAAAGUUGAGAAACUAAAUGACAAUGAAUCGUUUCAACUCUUCUGUUGGCAUGCUUUUGGACAAGACCAUCCCACUGAAGGUUACUUGGAGCACUCAAAAGGGGUCGUACGCUACUGUGGAGGGCUUCCUUUAGCUCUCCAAGUGUUGGGUUCUUCUCUAUCUGGCAGACCUGUAGAUGUGUGGGAAAGUACAUUAAAGAAAUUGGAAGCUAUUCCUAAUAGCCAGAUACUAAAAAAACUUAAGAUAAGUUUUGAUUCUUUACAAGAUGACCAUGAUAGAAAUUUAUUCCUCGACAUUGCUUGUUUCUUUGUUAGAAAGGAUAAAAAUUUCACAAUUACAAUAUUAGAUGGGUGUGAUUUCUACACAACAGUUGGGAUUGACAAUCUCAUUGAUAGAUGUCUCAUAACUAUCGAUCAAAAUAACAAGCUGGCAAUGCAUCAGUUGCUUCAGGACAUGGGAAGAGAAAUCAUACGCCAAGAAUCACCCAAGGACCCUGGGAAACGCAGCAGAUUGUGGCAUCGUAAGGAUGCUUUGAGUGUCUUAAAUGAAAAAACUGGAACAUAUUCCAUUGAAGGCCUCAUCCUCAACUUGAAUGUAUCUAAGGAAGAUAGGUCCACCGAGAAAUUCAUUAGUUCAGAUAAUGCAAAAAGACACCAUUUAGAAGAUUUUCUUGACAAACUAACGUUGCCUUCUGAAAGCAAUUCAUUGAAGCGUCGUCGUCUAAGCUUCUUCUCUUGGUUCCCUAUAAAUUCUACCUCAACAAGAUCACAUUCCACAUCAGAUGAAGUAGACUUGCAAACUGAUGCAUUUUCAAGUAUGGGCAGAUUAAGACUACUCCAUCUGAAUAAUGUAAGGCUCACAGGAGACUAUGAAGAAUUUCCUAGGAAGUUAAGAUGGUUGUGUUGGCGUGGGUUCCCUUUAGAAUCUAUACCCAGUGGCUUUCCUUUGGAGAGUUUGGUUGCCCUUGACAUGCGCAAUAGUAGCUUGAAACAAGUUUGGAAUGGAAACAAGUUGCUCGGAUCUUUGAAAAUCCUCAAUCUCAGUCAUUCUCAUGGUCUUACCAAUACACCUGACUUCUCAAAAGUCCCUAAUCUUGAGAGAUUGAUUCUAAAAAAUUGCAUAAAUUUGAUUGAGAUUCAUGAAUCAAUUGGGGAAUUAGGGAGGCUAGUUCUAUUGAAUCUAGAUGGUUGCAAAAAUCUUAGGAAGCUUCCAUCGAAAAUUGAUCAGCUAAAAUCGCUUGAAACACUCAUUCUAUCUCGUUGUUUAAAGCUCAUGAAAUUGCCCACAAAGCUGGGCAAGAUGGAGUCUUUGAAAAUGCUCCUUGCACCCUCCAUGACUACUGGGGUUAGAUCUUGGCCUUCACACUUCCGCGAUUUGCUAUUGGGACCAAGAAGAAGUCCACAAUCGAUCAGCUUUUCAUUGUGUUCUUUACCAUGCUCAUUAUCAAGCUUGAGUCUUUCUGGUUGCAACCUAUCAAAUGAUGCUAUUCUAAACGAUCUUGGUAGCCUACCCCUGCUGCAGAACUUGGAUCUAAGUGAAAAUCCAAUCUGUAGCCUUCCAGAGAGCAUCAAUUGUCUAACUAUGCUCCAGGCACUCAAGCUAGAAAACUGCACAACACUCCAGUUACUUCCGCAGCUUCCAAUGAGUUUAAGGGUCUUGCAUAUAUCCGAAUGCAGGUCAUUGGAAAUGAUAACAAACCUACCAAACCUGUUGAAAUCACUGGAUUUCCAGAUGCUUAAAUGUGAGAAACUAAUUGAGGUUCAGGGGUUGUUCAAGUUAGAACCCAUUGGAAACUUUGAUGAAGUAAUGAUCAGCAAUUUGGGCUUGUCCAACUUGGAAUUCCUGAGAAAUAUUGAAGUGUCUUUGUGCAACUGCAUGACACAAACUAAAAGAAAAGUUCCCGUCCAGGUGAGCUCACUCUCUCUCACUCUCUCAUAUCGGAAAGAGUUAAUAAUUAUGUUUUUCAUGCUGCAGGGACUCUAUGAAUUUGGUAUAUUUAGCACUUCUUUCCCUGGUAGUGAAGUUCCAGGCUGGUUCAGCAUUAAGACCAUGGAAUCUGUGAUAUGUUUUAAGGUGCCUUCAUUUCCUAAUUUCAAAAUCCAAGGCUUGAAUGUUUGUGCUGUCUAUGCAAUAACCAUUGGAGAUUCGGAGAAGGACUGGAAUGAGCUUUACAUUAAAGUGAAUAAUAGGACAAAGGAUCUGAAGUGGACAUAUAGCCCAACAUUCGUAGGCGUUCCAGAUGAUGGCAAAGACAUGGUAUGGUUGAGCCGUUGGAAUCUUGGGAAUCAAUUGGAAGCUGGCGAUGAAGUGAAUAUUUCAGUGUCUUUGUGGCGGAAUAUUAAGCUAAAGGAGUUUGGAAUCCAUUUUGUGUUUGAGGAAGAAGAGAAUGGUACCCCAUACCACACCUAUCCUUCUUGUCAAAAUCUUAAUGACAGAGAUUUGUCAGUGUAUCAGGUGAGGAAAGGUUCCUAUUUCCUCUGUCAUCAUAGUUUUUUUCUCCAUCGACGGCUUCUCCUUGAUAAAAAAUCUUACUCCCGGGCGGAUUGGUGGUAUAACGUCUUCUUUGGUGACCCUGAAGGUGUGCCUCCUCUCAAUUCAGAAAUCCAAUCAACAGCAAUGGUGAUUGCAGAGGAUGACCUGACAGAGUAACACCUCUAUAUCAAUUUCUUUUUUAGUUACUGUGAACUACAUUUGUGUUUAUGUUAAUGGCCUUCUCUAUACACAUGAAUACUCCAAAGUACUCCUACAUUUGUGUUUAUUAUGUUAAUGGCCUUCUCUAUACACAUGAAUACUCCAAAGCACUCCUGCCAUGGAGAAAUUAAACUUUUUUUUUUUGUUGUCAA